GUUCCAUUGCAGAGCAGUGCCAAGAGGAAGAAGAGCAGGAGCAGGAGCAGGAGCAGGACGGGAGCCUAAACCUCUGUGCUCGUUAGUUUGUGUCUGUCUAAGGGGCGGGACGGGACGGGACACUGGGCCUGGCCCUGUGCAUCAAUCGGUCCUCCCGAGCGAGAGCCCUGUUCGGAGUUCCAGCACGAAACGGAGCAGGCCCGUGUGCCUUUCUUUGCUUGUAAGGGAGGGAGGCCCCGGGAGCACGGAAGGACGGGCGGAAGAAACAAAAGCAGAGAGGGCGGAGGGAGAGGAGAGGCAUCAGAGAAGAAGCAGCAGCAGCGGCAGCAGCAGCAGAGGCGGAGGAGGACGAGGAGGGCCGGUCCUUUAAGCCGGAAACAAACACGCAAGCUAAAGCAGCAAGGCACGAAGGAAGUGGGAGAGAGGGAGGCAGGGAGGGACGGAGAGAGGGAGGGUGCUUAUCUAUCUAUCGAGAGGUGGCUCCGUGUUUCAGAGAGCGGCGUGCAUCGGAAGAAGGGAGACCAGUGUGCUUCUCAGAGCGUCCCUACUCCUGAUCUGUUUGCGAGUGCAAGGCCAGGCAGUUUUUGUGGUGUUUGCUGUGGUUGCUUUUGCGUUGGUUUCUGGUCGAUCUUCCAAGAGCGAUUGGUUGUGUGUGUGUGCGAGCGUGCGUGUGUUGAUCAUAGGAGAUUGCCGGAGAGGUUUGGGGAGGCAGGUUGAGUGGUUGGGAAGGAGGGAGAGAAUGAGAGGGUAAGGGCCGGUGGAGUGCGAUCAAUGGAAAAGAGGAGAGUUUACAUUCGGGGGACAUCUCAGCUGCCCCUGCCUGCGCCGAAAUUCUCUUGAUUCGCGCCAGAUUUCUGUGUAAAUUGACUCUGCGAGCAGAUCAUUCACGAGUUAGGGUUCGUGAGCGAGGCGUUGUGGUUGCUCCGAGUUUAGUUGGCCUGAGAGCGGUCGUAAGGCGUGAGGAGAAGAGGUGUCACCGAGGUUUGAGGAGAUUUUCUGUUUGCUGAUUGCCAAACCUGUAAUUGUUGUGCGGGCGUAUUGUCUGGAAGUAGCACCAUGUCUUCCCCAAGCAAGCGGCGCGAGAUGGACGUCAUGAAGCUGAUGAUGAGCGAUUACAAGGUGGAGAUGGUCAACGACGGGAUGAGCGAGUUUUAUGUGGAGUUCCACGGUCCAAGAGACAGUCCUUAUCAAGAAGGAACAUGGAAAGUCCGCGUUGAGUUGCCUGACAAUUAUCCUUACAAAUCACCCUCCAUCGGCUUCGUCAAUCGAAUUUUCCAUCCCAACGUGGACGAAAUGUCUGGCUCAGUCUGUUUGGAUGUCAUCAAUCAGACAUGGAGUCCGAUGUUUGAUCUUAUCAAUGUCUUCGAGGUUUUUCUUCCGCAGCUGCUCCUCUAUCCAAAUCCUACGGAUCCUCUGAAUGGAGAAGCUGCCGCUUUAAUGAUGCGUGACCGAGAGCAUUACGAGCAAAAAGUGAAGGAGUACUGCGAAAGAUAUGCUAAAGCUGAGGACGUGGGAAACCGGCCAGAGGAAGAGAGUAGUGACGAAGAAGUGAGCGAUCAAGAGUAUAUGUCCAGUGAUGAAGAAAUGGCUGGCCAUGCCGACCCUUGAGAUUUUUUUUCUUAACGCUUUUAGUAGGCAUCGUAUUUCAAAGUGGGCUCAAGAUGUGUGCUAUUGGUCCUUUUAGACUUUAUUGCUUAGAGACCCAAAAUCGGCCUGUGAAAUUGGCUCCCUUUCGGUUUUCAGCAAAGUGGAGCCGAUUAAGUCACAGCUCUGUGGGUCUCCUUGUGGGCGACCGUGCUAGCGAUUUGAAGGCAUGCCCAAUUGUACAUACCAUUUCGGGCUGUAAAGAGCACAGCAUGGUCACCUCCC